UGAACCGAACUUCAUUUUGCUUGAACGAACUCAAAAAUGGUGUUCCCCCAGUAAGCGUGCACCUUCUUCACGCGAUUUUUGGAAAAUUGACACUUUGACAGCUAGAUCUGUCAAACCAUUGUUUUUGUUUUGAAUGUGUCCGGCAAAAAGUUUUUUUUGGUUCUGAUACAAAUUUGUAGUUGUGUAACCUCUUACCGGCCGGAAUCCACAAAAAAACGACCGGAAUUGACAAAAAAUCCGAAGAUCUGCACCGCGAAAGCAUCGAUCACAUCAAAAUUCCAUCCGCCGUGCCGGGAAAUUCCGCGCUGAAGCGCAUUCCGAGGGGUUUGCUGGUUUGAUGACGUUCGCCCAGAAUCACUACCCGUUCAAAACCGCCGACUACUUUCUUACCUACAACUUCCCGAGGGAAUCGAUCAGACGCGCGGUUGGUUCUACAUGCUGCUCGAAAUCUCGACGGCCCUGUUCAACAAGCCGCCGUUCAAGAACCUGAACUGCACCGGGCUGGUGCUGGCCGCCGACGGGCAGAAGACGAGCAAGCGCAAGAAGAUUUACCCAGACCGAAUGGAGGUGUUGCAUAAGUACGGGGUGGACGCGCUAAGUUGUACCUCAUCAAUUCGCCGGUUGAGCGUGCGGAGAAAUUGCGGUGAGUUUGAUAUCUUGAGCAUUUAUCUAGAAGUCGUUGCUAAUAAUGAUGUCUCUUUCAGUUUCAAGGAAGACGGCGUCAAGGACAUAAUCAAGGACGUUUGCAGAACAUUGAUCGGUUCGAGAAGGAGGACAAGAUUGUUUAUCGAUAUGACGUUGGAUUUCGUCUUUGCUUCCGUUCGAUUUUCGUUUUGCUGCUCUAGAAUUUUCUCAUGGAAUAGGUUAAUUCAUGUUCGGUAGGAUGUCACGUCCA